AUGAGGGUAUGGAAAGAGGUCACCCUCGCCUUCAUCCUGUUUGGUGCCUCGUUUUUCCUCCUGCUCAUAAGAACCACGUUACCUGUUGGGCCCUCCUCCUCAAAGGCCUUAGAGAUCUCAUCUUCCUCACCUCCACCAUCCAAAGCACCUGCAUCACCACCAUCAUCAUCAAUACCAUCAACCACAGUGAGGAAGCCAGCCCCACGUCGACCAGUCAGAGCGACAGAGAACAUGGGCUCUCUCCUCUCCGAAUUCUCCUACCUCUUCCAAAGCUUCACUGAGGGCGAGCUGAAGAGGGUGAUUGCGACCCUGGUGGACCAAAAGGAGAGGAGGGUCCGAAGCGAGGCUGCACGGAGGACCAAACGAGCACGGAAAGGCCCAAAGCUGUGUUCACUACACGAGAUAGAGCUGACCGUGAGCGAGCUAGGUCUCGGGUAUGAAAGCGACGAGACCGUACGCUUCAGAUACUGCAGCGGUAAAUGCAGCCAUGAACGACGCAAUUACGACUUUGUGAUGGAACACAUGCAGUUAAAUAACGGUUCCAGCGAGAAAGGCCGGCGAGGAAGGGAUAAUGGAAAAAGAGACAAGGUGCGCUACACUCCUUGCUGUCGCCCUACAAAAUUCGAGAAGAAAAUGUCAUUCUUCGACAACAAGGACAGAUUCUACACCAUACAGAACGUAUCUGCGAGAGCGUGUGGUUGUGUAUGA